CGCCAGGCGGGAAGCGCGCGUGCGCGGGGCGCAGUUGCGGAACUUGAGCAGGGAACGGAGGGAGAAGUCAGUCAGUGAGUGAGCUCCUGGAGCAGAGCCGCUGGCGGUCACUGACUGCUGCAUGCUCAAACCGAGCGGGUGGUCGACAUGCAGAACGUCAUUAACACUGUCAAAGGGACUGCACUUGGUGUGGCUGAGUUCCUAACGCCCGUACUUAAGGAAUCAAAGUUUAAAGAAACUGGAGUAAUUACCCCAGAGGAGUUUGUAGUAGCUGGAGAUCACCUGGUCCAUCACUGUCCCACUUGGCAAUGGGGAAGCGGGGAGGAUGCCAAAGUGAAACCAUACUUACCCAAGGAUAAGCAGUUUCUGGUGACAAGAAAUGUUCCUUGCUAUAAGCGCUGCAAACAGAUGGAGUAUUCUGAUGAAUUUGAAGCAGUCAUUGAAGAGGAUGAUGGUGAUGGGGGCUGGGUGGAUACUUACCACAAUUCAGGUGUUGCUGGGUUGACAGAAUCUGUAACAGAGAUUACUUUAGAAAGCAAAGACAACUCAAAGUGUGUAGGCAGCACCACAGCCUGUGUGGAUGAUAAUGAUGAAGACGAUGAUGGAGAUGCUGCUGAUAUGGAAGCCUAUGAAGAAAGUGGAUUGUUGGAAGAUACAGAUGAUGCAACCCUGGAUACUAGCAAGAUAGAAGCAAGCAAGCCCAAAGCAGAUGCUGUUGGAGAAGAUGGAAUUCUUCAGACGAGAACCUACGAUCUAUACAUUACUUAUGACAAAUAUUAUCAGACACCAAGACUUUGGUUGUUUGGUUAUGACGAGCAACGACACCCACUGACUGUAGAAGAGAUGUAUGAAGACAUUAGCCAGGACCAUGUCAAGAAAACAGUGACAAUUGAAAAUCAUCCUCACUUGCCCCCGCCUUCAAUGUGUUCUGUUCAUCCAUGCAGACAUGCUGAGGUAAUGAAGAAAAUCAUUGAAACAGUUGCAGAAGGUGGAGGUGAACUCGGUGUACACAUGUAUCUUCUUAUUUUUUUGAAAUUUGUUCAAGCAGUCAUUCCAACAAUUGAAUAUGAUUACACAAGACACUUUACCAUGUAACUCCAAAGUUUACACAAUCACAAUAUUCUCAGAAAAUGUUCUGAGCUGACAACGCUGCUGCCUUUCAAAUGUAACUAAUAAUUCGCUCAGCACAAUUCUGACCAUUGUUCAGGUUCUGUUUCUUUUUACAGAGGUUCUUUAAUGAGAUUAGCAAGAGCUUGUCUGUUUAUCCAUAUGAAGAAGCUGAAUUCAAUUACAAAACUUAUCUGCUUUUUUUCUAUGAAUUCCUCAUUUUGUGUUCCCCAGUCUACUUUUUAGUAAACAACUAAAGCAAAUACAUACACUCUAAUUCAUAUUUCAUUGCAUUUUGAAAGUAAGAUGUAUUGACUUCUAUUAAACUGAUUUAUAUUUGCAGUAUACAAAUAAAUGAAAAUGUCUGACGAAGAUUUUCUUUAAAUGUUCUCUUUCUUGCAAAUGGAAUUGUAGCACUUUGUCAGGUUUUUUGCUUGUUUGGGUAAAAGAUUACCUUUGGCAUUUAAAUAGAAAAUAGUAAAUACAGUUAGUAUUACACAAGCAAGACACUGAGGGAAACUGUAAUUCUAUUCUUUUGCCGCUGUGAGCUGACAUUAUCCUGUUUUAUUCCUAACUUGUUAUAUUGAUUGUCUGUUAUAAUGCUUGAUAAUAUUACCCAGUACAUUAAUUGCUUGAUAUGUUUUAAAUGCAGCACAUUAUAUAAAGUGGAUAUAUUUGAGACAGAUUGAAAAAUUGUGAAUUAGAUGCCAAAAAACUCUACAACAUGCUUUUUUUUACUUCCAUUAAAAUAUAGCACUAUAAAUUACA